AUGAACCGCCUUCUGUGUGCCUUCAUCCUUCUCCCGAAUUUGAUCUCUGCAGCACUUUUGACUGAUAAAGUUACCGUGAACUUUCUUCCGGAUAUCAACAAGAUUCGUCGUCAAUUUGCAAAAGACCAUUCCGUACCGGAUAUGCACGAAUGGACAUGGAGCAGAGAUCUUGAGGCGAUUCUUAACCCAAUCACUGUAGAGAAGGUUCGCGAGAUAUAUAAAGCUGGUGCCGAUUGGAGAUACGUGGCUGUUAACAGCUAUGAGACAGUCAACACUGAAUUUGAAACAAAAUUGAAAGAAUUUGCUGGGAAGACCGAAGAUGAGCAGAAAAAACUAGUUGAUAACCGCGCUUUUUAUAGUCAACAAGAGCUGGAGUUUGUUCAACCGCUUCAAAAAUUCGUCGCCUGCAAGCCAACGGAUAUUUCUGGUAAAAUUUAUGUGUUGUGCUUAGUAGGACCAAAAGGGGAGUUCGAGUUUGUGAAUAAAGAGAGACCAACUGGUGAAGCUGGAACAAAGUGUGACAGUGGAUAUGAAAACGAUGAUGGUCUGUGCGUUGUCGCAAAACCGAAAACCACGACAGAAAAUCCGGAAAAAACGACCGAAAAUCCAAAAAAAAACGAAUGA